AUGUCUUUUGAGUUGAACAAUGCAUUUUUGACCAACCUAUGUAUUUCUGGAGAUGGAAUUGUUGGUAUUGCGGGUGCUACUGAUACUACUAAUGGAAUUAUUAGUUAUGUCGAUGCUGCUGGUGAUGCUGAUACUGUUAAUGGCAUUAUUGUUGUUGUUGAUGUUGCUGGUACUGCUGAUACUGCUGAUGGUGUUAUCGGUUAUGUUGAUGCUGGUAGUGAGAUUAUAGGUGUUGUUGGUGGGCUUAUUAGUGUUGUAGGUAAGAUUAUUGGUGCUGUUGGUGGGAUUAUUGGUGAUGUUGGUAUUGCAGGUAUUGUUGAUGGGAUUGGGGGUGCUGCUAGUGGGAUUAUUGGUGCUAUUGGUGCUGUUAUUGGUGUUGUUGGUGUUGCUGGUACUGUCGAUGGGAUUGGGGGUGUUGCAGAUGGGAUUAUUGGCGUUCUUGGUAGUACUGAUGCUACUGAUGGGAUUAUCAGUGUUGUCGGUGGAGUUGGUGGGAUUAUGGGAACCGUAGGUGUUUGUAUUGCUGAUGGGAUUGAGGGUGCUGCAGAUAUAAUUAAGGAUGGCCUCCUUAGAGUAAUUGGUUGA